AUGGAGCAAUUUUCUCAAAUAAGAAAUAUUCAACUCGAAGAUGAAGUUUUCAGAAGAGCGAGUUGUGAGCAGAGCAGGAUUGUUUAUGCGGCAGAGAGUGGAGAUUUGCUGCAAGUUCAGAGAAUUCUCAAGAUUCGACCAAAUUUGGUAAAUUGGACAACUUCGGCUUGUUGGAGCGCGCUUCAUAUGGCUUCUCGAUUUGGGCACUUGGAUAUUGUAAAGUUUCUCGUUCAAUCUGGCGCUGAUUUGAAUAUUUUGAGCUACUCGAAAUCUACCCCACUCAUGGAGGCCACUGCAGCGGGCCAAAUUGAUUGCGUUAGAUUUUUGCUGAAAAAGGGAUGCAAAGUCAAUCUUCACGACACGACUGAGUUAAAAUAA